AUGGCCAACGACGAGUACGAUGUAGUUGUCUUGAUUGGAGACUCUGGAGUCGGAAAGUCCAAUCUUCUCAGCCGAUUCACCCGUAACGAAUUCAACCUCGACUCCAAGUCCACCAUCGGUGUCGAGUUCGCCACCAGAUCGAUCCAGGUCGACUCCAAGACGAUCAAGGCGCAGAUUUGGGACACGGCCGGUCAGGAGCGUUAUCGCGCCAUUACUUCCGCAUACUACCGAGGUGCAGUCGGCGCCCUCCUCGUCUACGACAUCAGCAAGCACCAGACGUACGAGAAUGUCACGAGGUGGCUGAAGGAGCUCCGGGACCAUGCCGAUGCAAACAUUGUCAUCAUGCUGGUGGGAAACAAGAGCGAUUUGAGACACCUGAGGGCUGUGCCCACGGAUGAGGCCAAGGCAUUUGCUAGCGAGAACCAUCUGUCCUUUAUCGAGACGUCCGCCCUCGACGCCAGCAACGUUGAGCUUGCUUUCCAGAACAUCCUCACUGAAAUCUACCGGAUCGUAUCCAGCAAGGCGCUCGACAGCGGCGAUGGCGCCCAGGCCACCAUUGGUGCCGGCACCAACAUCUCACUCAGCAAGGCGGCCGACGACGAGGCUUCCAAGAGCGGCAAGUGCUGCUAA